CUAAUUUUAAAGAAAGGGGUGGGAUUUCUUUGCCCGAGUCAACUCAAAAACCUCUGAUUUAACUCGGUACCCGACUUCUCUUAUCUUAAACCUCACUGAAACACUCUCUCGACUCUCUAGCUUUGUCUCAAAACCCAAAAAUUUUCUCAGAAAUGGCUUCACUUUCUCUCCAACCCAAAUUUUCUCUACAUCCAAACAACUCAAUUCUCCAUUUCCACCCCCAAAACAAACCUCAAAUAAUCUUCUUCACCAGAAAAGUAAAAAUAAAAACAAAAACAAAAUGCUCUUCUAUAGACCCCCAACAACAACAACAAAAGCAACGAGAAAGUUUCACCAGGAAAAAGAAAAGUGUGACUGAAACUGAGAAAGGAGUUGACCCAGUUGGGUUUUUGACGAAAUUAGGAAUUACCCAUAAGGCCUUUGCUCAGUUUCUUCGUGAAAGGUAUAAAUCAUUGAAGGAUCUUAAAGCUGAAAUCUUUACACGCCACCUCAAUCUUCAAGAGAUGGCUUCUGGAUUUGAGAUAUUGGGCACGCAUCGACACAAAGAGCAUCGAGUGGACUAUAUGGACUGGGCACCAGGUGCUCGGUAUUGUGCACUAGUUGGUGACUUCAACGGUUGGUCACCUACAACGAAUGCUGCAAGAGAGGGUCUUUAUGGCCAUGAUGAUUAUGGAUACUGGUUUAUAAUUCUUGAAGAUAAAUUGAGGGAAGGAGAAGAACCGGAUGAACUGUAUUUUCAGCAAUAUAACUAUGUUGAUGAUUAUGAUAAAGGAGAUAGUGGUGUUACCAUUGAUGAGGUUUUUCAGAGAGCAAAUGAUGAGUACUGGGAACCUGGAGAAGACCGCUUUAUUAAAAACCGUUUUGAAUUGCCAGCUAAGUUAUAUGAGCGACUAUUUGGGCCUAAUGGACCUCAAACCCUAGAGGAGUUAGGAGAAAUACCAGAUGCAGAAACCAGAUAUAAGGCACAUAAGGAACUGCAUAAAGAUGAUCCACCAAGUAAUUUACCUCCGUUUGAUGUGAUUGAUAAUGGAAAAGAAUAUGAUAUUUUCAAUGUCGUGGCUGAUCCUGCUUGGCAAGAGAAGUUCCGAAAUAAGAAGCCUCCCCUGGCAUACUGGACCGAGAUUCGCAAAGGAAGAAAGGCAUGGUUGAAAAAGUACUCUCCAGCUAUUCCUCAUGGAAGCAAGUACAGGGUGUAUUUCAAUACUCCUGAUGGGCCCUUAGAACGAGUUCCAGCUUGGGCUACUUUCAUUCAACCAGAUGCAGAGGGGAAGCAAGCUUAUGCAAUUCACUGGGAACCGCCACCUGAACACACAUACAAGUGGAAACAUACAGCAAUAAAACCCCCAAAGUCAUUGCGCAUUUACGAGUGUCAUGUUGGAAUUAGUGGAUCAGAGCCCAAAAUAUCUUCUUUCAAUGAUUUUACAGAGAGGGUUCUUCCUCAUGUAAAGAGAGCUGGAUAUAAUGCAAUCCAGUUGAUUGGGAUCGUUGAACAUAAAGAUUAUUUCACUGUUGGUUAUAGAGUCACGAACUUUUUCGCAGUCAGCAGCCGAUAUGGCACACCAGAGGACUUCAAGCGUUUGGUCGAUGAAGCACAUGGGCUUGGAUUGCUGGUCUUUUUAGACAUAGUGCAUUCCUACUCUGCUGCAGAUGAGAUGGUUGGACUAUCACGUUUCGAUGGAUCAAAUGAUUGUUACUUUCAUACCGGUAAACGAGGACAUCACAAGUACUGGGGCACCCGAAUGUUUAAAUACAGUGAUCUUGAUGUACUGCAUUUUCUCCUUUCAAAUUUGAAUUGGUGGAUUUCCGAGUAUAAGAUUGAUGGUUUCCAUUUCCAUUCACUAGCGUCAAUGCUGUAUACACACAAUGGCUUUGCUUCAUUUACCGGUGACUUGGAAGAGUACUGUAAUCAAUAUGUUGACAAUGAUGCCGUAAAGUACCUCAUUUUGGCAAAUGAGAUACUUCAUGCUCUUCAUCCUAAUAUAAUAACCAUUGCUGAAGAUGCGACGUUUUACCCUGGAUUAUGUGAACCGACGUCUCAAGGUGGUCUUGGAUUCGAUUAUCACGUCAAUCUCUCUGCAUCGGAAAUGUGGUUGUCUUUGCUCAAGAACACUCCUGACCAUGAGUGGAGCAUGAGCAAGAUCACGAGCACAUUGCUAGGCAACAAAAAUUAUGCAGAUAAAAUGCUUGUCUAUGCCGAAAAUCACAACCAAUCGAUAUCCGGAGGGCAGUCAUUGGCAGAGAUAUUACUGAGUCAAGGAAAUGACAAAGCUCCUCAAUCAAAUGAAUUAUUGCUAAGAGGAUCUUCGUUACUCAAGAUGACCAAACUGAUUACAUUCACAAUCGGUGGCCGUGGGUAUCUGAACUUCAUGGGGAAUGAGUUCGGGCAUCCAAAAAGGGUUGAGUUCCCAAUGCCGAGCAACAACUUCUCGUUUUCGCUGGCUAACCGAUGCUGGGAUCUUCUAGAAAAGGAAGGAGUAUAUCAGGAUUUAUUUCGGUUUGAUAAGGACAUGAUGAAAUUGGACAAAAACGAAAGGGUACUUUCGAGAGGAUUGCCGAACAUCCACCAUGUGAACGACACUAAUAUGGUAAUAUCCUACUUAAGAGGUCCUCUUCUCUUCGUUUUCAAUUUUCACCCCACAGAUUCUUAUGAAAGAUACUGCAUCGGUGUGGACGAAGCUGGCGAGUAUCAGGUCAUACUGAACACCGAUGAAAGAAGAUAUGGAGGUCAGGGGAUUGUAAAAGAGGAACAGUAUCUUCAACGAACCAUUAGCAAAAGGGCUGAUGGUCUACGAAACUGCAUCGAGGUUUCACUGCCGAGUAGGACUGCACAGGUGUACAAGUUAAGCCGGAUUUUGAGAAUAUGAAGACAGUUUUUACUCUCGGAAGAAGUUCGAUCUUGAUUCAACGAACAUACCAUGAGUAAUAUAGGUUAUAAUCGUGAAGGGUUUGUUAGGGGUUAGUGUAGAAUUUCAGCAUAUAUGUAUAGAAGAGUAACCCACUUACACAGUGUAAAACUAUAAUUUUAUACCCUUACUAUAUUUUUGUGCGAUUAAUAUUUUAACGAUUCAACUGUUAAAUGUAUCAAUAUGAUUGUACAUGUAAAUUUUCAAACCGA